UGCCAUUACUCACAUCUAGAGUCUAAAGUCUGGAACAGCUUUAUUUAAUCAGUUAUAUAGAUCAGCAAAAACAAGUACAAUAGAGUUAAAAAGAAAGUUAUAAAAGAGAUCUAGUGACAGGUUACAAAUGUUUCAUUGGUCUAGUCUGCAAUACAACUUGUUCUUACACACCUUUACUCAGUGUAUCUUCGUGUGGAUUCUAGUAAGUGAAGGCAGCUGUUCUUCUGCGAGGAGAGCCGAGCAAAUCAAUUCAGUCAUGAUAUACAUUCGAAGAGUAGGUCCCCUUGUGCUACCUAAGAGGCAGAGAGACAAAAGUAAGUUACACUUUUGAAGGCCUGGUACUUCUUGUUCAGAAGUGUAGUGCAGAUUUGUUUAUGGAAAUUGCCAGCAGACAUUAUUUACUUCCCUACUGUAGUUUCAUUGUAAUCUUCUCCUAUUAAAAGGCAAUAGCAAAAAUUUUAGUCAAAUUACAAGUACCUAGUCAAAGUGGAACGUGACUGUGGAUGCAAAUUUCUCCUAUCUUGGAACUUUUUAAACUUGAUGCCAUGACGACCUAACGAUAAACUGAAAUUCAUUUCCAUGGUGUGUGUCCUUAUAAUAUCAGUAAGCCUUAUCUACAGACUUCUGCAAACAAGUCCUAAAUUAACAUUACCAAGUUUAGUAGAUUCAAAUUCAGAUUCAUUGAGUGAAGCAGAUUCUGUCAAAUUAAAAUUUGAUCAUCACAAUGAUGGUGGUCCUAGAGAUGGCAAAUGUGGCCUCUCAGUUCCAUGCCCUGGAAAAGAUUUUGCCUUUAAGAUUUCCAGUGGAGUAACAAGCAUCAUUGGACCACAAAUAUGCUUUGAAGGGAAAAUGAUAAUAAAAAAAGAGAUAAGAGGUAAUCGCCAAGGAAUCAGUAUUGUUGUAAUCAAUGAAAAAACAGGUGAACAUAGCAAAACUGCCAGCUUCAAUAUGUGGAAUGGAGAUGUUCGUGACUUGAUUGCAUUUCUGAAGUCAAUUGAGGAUGGUUCAGUUGUGUUGAUGGCCAGUUUUGAUGAUCCAGCCACAAAACUUAAUGAAGAGGCAAGGACACUUAUCACAGAGCUUGGCAGUUCAUACAUUUCCAAAGUGAAAUUCAGAGAUAACUGGAUCUUUGUGGGAGGAAAGAAAACAAUGACCCAAGCCUUUUUUGAGCAGCACAUGAAGAAUGACAGGAAAACCAAUAAAUAUGAAAGCUGGCCAGAAAUGAUAGAAAUGGAAGGUUGCAUACCUCGACUGGAAUAAUAUUUUCUACAGUCUUGGAUGGCAUUUGCUCUGAAAACAUUUGUUCUGCUAAAAG